UACGCAUGCAAGUACAUAUGUAUUUGGUGUGGCUAUGCUAAUUCAUAAACCUCACAUUAAUCACUUUUUUGAGUUUAAAGAGAAGGUUUUAAGGAAAUGGAAAAGAUGAAGUUUGUGAAAAAUGGAGUAAGCAAUAAAUUGCCUCCUGGUUUUCGUUUUCAGCCAACAGACCAAGAGCUUGUCUUUCAGUACUUGAAAUGUAAGACCUUCUCCUAUGAGUUGCCUGCUUCAAUCAUUCCUGAAAUCAAUAUCUGCAAGUAUGAUCCUUGGGAAUUGCCAGGAAAUCAUGGUGAGCAAGAUAUGUAUUUCUUCAGUGCUAAGGAAGCCAAGUAUCGAAAUGGCAAUCGCAUGAACAGAUCAACCAACUCCGGCUAUUGGAAGGCGACAGGAUCAGAUAAGAAAGUUAGUGUUUCUUCAUCAAUAAGUAAUGGAGGAAUUGCGGGGAUAAGAAAAAGUCUUGUAUUUUAUAACAGAAAAUCUCCCAAUGGAUCUCGAACUCAUUGGAUUAUGCAUGAAUAUCGCCUAGUUAGUGUAGAAACUACCGCUUGUAAUCAGAGUUUCUAUGAGAUCGACAUAGGGGAUUGGGUUCUGUGUCGUAUAUUCAUGAAGAAAAGAAGUAAUAGAAUGACGUUGAAUACUAAUGUUGACGAAGCUCAGCCAAAAUUCUUUGAUUUUAUGAUGGCACACAAAUCAUCAGCUCCGGACCCUACUACACAUUUUUCUUCAUCCUCAUCUUGUUCGAGUUCCGGUGAAGUCUGUUCAUCCGGAGAAAGAUGCAGCUAUAUCGAUUGAGAAACAAAAUGGAUCACAAUCAUCACAUGCCUAAGAAUUCUCACUCUAAUUGGAAUGCCUCACAAGAGGAUCCACUCUCAUGCUAGUUCCCUGUACAACUUUGAUUUUGACCAACAUGAUAUCAGAGCUCAAUGUUUAAUUAAUUCAUAGUUUUGAUGGACCAACUAAAAUACUAAUUCAAUUGUGCUUGAGGGAAAAUGUUGAAAUACUAAGCUACAUGUCCAAUAUAACAUAUGAAGGGCUAAAAUGGUAUUAUAAACAUUUGAACUAGAGUCUAUUUGUUCAAAUCAAUGAUUUUAAAAUCGGAUCGGACAUCGAACUGGUGACAUCGCUUAUGGUUUAAACCGCAUACAAUUGAAAUCAAACCAAACGAUGUACUAAUUAUCGGUUUCCAUUGUUAUUCGAGAUGCUCUUAAAAUAGCAUAUACAAUAGUCAAAAGUCUUAAUUAGCUUAUAUGGAAAGGUGAGCAUA